CUGUCGACUUUACAGCUACGCUUCACUUUUUUACUUCGCUCCUACAUUUAAUCGAUCCCCCCACACCACGGCAUUUCACCCGAACAAACGCUACAAAAAGGCUUUUUUUAAUACUCUAUGACGAAGAAUAACAAUGUUAAAGAGGCAUGGGUCAAAGUGGGCGACGAUGCAUCCACUUUGAAGACAGAUUUUGCUACUGCUGUUAAAGAUACCGAAGGAGCCGCUACCAAUCGUGCCAAGGCAGCCCAAGACAAGGUCAAGCGAGACUCUGAAGACGCUUGGAGACAUGUCAAGGAGGGUGCAGAGCACAAGGUGCAUCAAGCCCAUGAGAACGUGGAAGCUGCUGCCCAAGCUCGCAGAGAUGCCACUGACUCUCUCCAAGGUCAAGCUCAAAAACUAGUUGGAAAAGCCCAAGAUUUGGCCAACUAUUUGUUCUCCAUCAAGAGUGAUAUUCAAACCAAGGUCGAUAAGGUCAAGGAAGAUUUGGAGACCUCCAAGAGAUCGGAUCACGGCGUGAACAAUGAAGAUUCAUGGUUUUCCAUCCGUGAUGUAAUUGAUGAUCGACGUAAUCAAUGGCGCAGCGUCGAAGACACUGCUGAAGCCUUGAAGCAGUCGGCUCUUGAUCGCAAGAACCGAAUUGAGCAAGCUAUCCUUGGUCUUCCGCAAGACGCUCGGGAUGAAGCCGAAAAGGUUCGCUCAGCUGUCGCUGACUGGUCUCAGGGUGCUCGUGACAGCACUGACAAGUUGGUCCAUGAACUUCGUUCUGACUGGGACAAGACAGUUGACGAUGUCGACCAUGGUUUCAAGCAUGCCGCCCAUGAUAUUGCUGAUGCCUUUGAAAGGCCCAGCGAUCACCAUCUUAAAUUGCACAUUCAUGAAGCCAUCAAUAACAUUAACAAGAAGCUUGCUCUGCAAUACGUUGACAUUGAAAACAAGUACAACAAGUUGGAUAAGCGAUUACGUUCCGACUUUGAUAAGGCUAUUUUCAAUGCUGGUAAACUCAAGGGUGAAUACAACCAUUUGCGUGAUGAUACCGUUCACAUUGCUCGCAAGCGAAGAAAUGAUGCUUUGAAUUCCGUCAAGAAGGACUAUGACCAAUUCAUCCGUGACUCUCGCAUCAAGCUUUACGAAGCCGAACAAGCUCUCAAGGAAUACCGCUCGGCCGCUCCCGACAAGUUGGAAGAAAAGAAGCACUUGGCCAAUGAGAAGAUCAAGGCUAUUCAAGAUAACAUUUCCACCGAUGCCAAGAAGCUCUCUCAGAAAGCCAGUGAAGCCUUCGAAUCGGCUGAUAACAAGGUCGACGAAGCCUGGUCCUCAGCUCUUAGCUCACUUCGUGAGGUUAAGGACGAAGCCAAGAACAAGGCCAAUAAGAAAUGGGGUCAAACCAAGAGCAAAGCUAAGGGCGACAUUCAUCAAGCCUAUGGUAAAAUCCAUGAUAAGGCUGAAGGUGUCUAUGACCGAGUCCAUGGCGUUUACCACCAGGCCACGCACGAAAUUGAAAACUUCGUGGACUCCUCUGUCAAUGCCAUCGGUGCCUUUGGUGAACGCGUUCACCCUGGGGAUCAAUACGCACCUGUGGCCACCGCGUGGGGAGCUUUGUUUGCCAUAUGGUUUGCCUAUUUGGCUAUUCGUGUGUGGUCCAAGAGAAAGGAAGCCAAGGUUUGGGUUGGCGACGGUACUAUGGAAUACAUGAAAGCCAUGUAUGCUCCUGACGCCCUCAUCGAGACUGCCGAAUAUCUCGGUGAGACCAGUGACAGCGACUCCCAGAGACCUGCUCGAACCGACAGUGCUAUUGAUGUCAAUGGUCGACGUGGCAAGAGAGUGACACGUAAGUAUACAUUUUGAUUUGACUGGGGAAUGGGUCCCAUACUAAACUUGACUUUUCACUAGGUACCGUUGUUAGUAAGACCACUACCACGCACACUGGAACCACCGCUACUGAACAGCGCCAUAUCC